UUAAUAGAAAAAUUGAGCAGAUAGGAGAGUUCCAUAUUGUAUAUUAGCAGUUUCCCCUGUCAUUGCGUCCUUUAUAGAGUGUAUUACAUACACUGUUAAUAAUCUUUAAAGUCAACAACCAACAGUGACACAUUACUAUGAAACAGUCCCUACUUAUUCCCAUUUCCUUAAUUUUUACCAUCUAUCCCUUUUCUGUUCCAGGACCCCCACAUUGCCUGUCAUAAUCACCACCUCCUUAGGCUCCUCUUGGUUGUGACAUUUUCCCAGGCUUCUAUAGGUUUUGAUGACCUUGACAGAUUUGAGGCGCACAGGAUGCCCCUCGUGGAAAUCGUGUAAGGUUUUCACCAAGAUUAGAGUGGGAUUAUAGGUUUUGGGGAGGAAGAUCAGAGGUCAAGGACCAUUUUCAUCACAUCAUGCAAGUUUUCCUCUCUCCAAACAAGUUGUUUCAGGUGUUGGAGCAUGCGUUUCCUGGAAAGAGUUCUUGAAUUGUAGGGGCAGGCACUCAGCUGGAGCUCAGGGUCCCACCGCCCGCUCCGUGAGCGGCUGCAUGGUCCCCCGAGGUGGGCAGGGUGUGGUUCCUAGGGCUAGGGGAGACCUCAGCCUGGAGAGAAGGGCCUUCUAGAAGACAUGGAGGACGGUGGAGUCUUCCAAGGCUGGGUGGGUUCCGUUCUUCUGCCGCCCCGCUUCAUCCCCUGCUCCCAUUCCCGGAUUCCCUCCGCUUGGCACCCAAGGAGCCCCAUCUGUGCAGCCGGCCAGAGACCCUGGCAAACUCCAGCCUAGCAGGCCUGGGGGGUGUUCCAGGCCCCUUAGCCCACAGAGUUGGUGGCUGACAGCGUCCCUGCUCGGGGAUCGCUGGUUCGGAGAGGCGCUGGGACGCGGCGGCUGCGGGGAUGCGGGUCUGGGCGAGCGGAAGGGGCGGGGCCGGGCAGUAGGAGGCCGCUUUGCCCAGCUCCAUCCCUCCCUCCACCCCGCGACCGGCAGAUGCUGUUCCCGGCACUGCUCUGGUGCCUGGGGCUUCCUCGCGCCCUGAGUCUGAGAUAGAUUCGAGACGACAGGCAAGUCACAACCCAGAGAUCCUCUACGUGGAGCUGUGGGUGCUGCCCGUGCUGUUCAGUGAGUGAGCCAGGAGCCCGCGCCCUUGGAUGCCCGCAGGUCGCAUCCGGUCCGGUGCAGCCCACGUCACUCCUCACGGGCCUGGAAGGUGAACUGAUGACGGCGCUCCACCGGUGGUUCGGGGUCUUACUCGUGGUGAGCGCGGUCCCAGGAUGCGGAGUCCUGAUUUUCAUUAUUGGACCGCCCUCCUACCAGUGUCUUACAAUGCUCCUCAUCGUGGCCAUGUCUUUCCAGCUUCGGAUCCGCAACAACCGAGAGUCUCUUGCGGACCUGCCCUACCACUUAGAUAACCAGGACAGCGGGUUUCCAAGCUUAGUCCCUGGACCAGCGGAAUCAGCAUCACCUGGGAGCUUGUUAGAACUGCAAACUCUGGCUCCCACCCUGACCCAUGGAAUCGGAAACUAGGGGUGGCACCGAGUAAUCUGUGUUUUAACACGCCCUCCAGGUAAUUCUGAUACACACCAGAGUUUGAAAACCAUCGCUCUAGGGUCAUCUCCUCAAGGCCUGCACCCAACUUGCUGCUUUCUUUUUAUUUUAGCCAGAGCCCGGAGCAGACGGGUGCUAAAUUCUGCACGGGCCUCGGGCGGUCGGUUUAAGGCUGGGGCCGGUGCUGAGUCCCUUAUCCAGACGUCUGCUGGUGGCGGACCUCACCACAGGGACGGCAUUUCUGCUAGAUGGAGUCCAGGAGGCUAAGGCGCCAUGAAAGACGCAGAUGACGAUGGUGAAAGCAAGCUUACUUAGAGAGACACACACUCCAUAGAGAAUGCCAGUGGUCUCAAGGCAAGAGAGAGAACAACUCAUUGGUUUCAUCUUGGGUCCCCUAACCCUCAUUUGGCGCCUCCGCUGGUCUCAGUGGCUUUCCUGGAUUUAUGACCCUGACCUUCAUCCUGGAGAGGUCAGCAUCCCCUUCUUGGGUCUUGCCUGCUGUACUUUUCCACGCAACCAACACAUGGCCAGAGAGCAGCAAGAGAAGGCCAAGCAGAACCCGAGACUUCACCCUUCCCUGCCCGCCCUGUCGACACCAAGUCUCCCUCCUCCCGUCCCUCGAGGACGCGGGAGGGCACCCGGAGCGUGUGGACGCUGGCGGGAGCCGGGUGCUCCUGGACCGGCUCCCGGAGGAGGAAAGCGGCCUGGGGCCUCAGCGACCGCUUGCUGUCGCUUCUGCUGCCGUCACCAAGCAGGAACCACAGCACAAGCUUCCCCUCUGUGGUCCAGUAGAGGCAGGGCAGGUAUGGAUGCCUGGACUUCUGAGCCCGCCCAGAGCAGUGGAAGCUGGGCGAGAGCCCGGUUCUCCUUGACCAGCUACCCAAGGAGGAACAUGGCCUGGGGUCUGGGUCGCCACUUUCUGUCACCUCUGCUGCCUUCACCAGUCAGGGUGAUUCCAGGGGACCCCUUGUCUGUGACCUCACCAAUGCCUGGGUUCUAGUGGGGCUGGCCAGCUGGGGCUUGGACUGCCAACAUCCCAUCUACCGCAGCAUCUUCACCAAUGUCUCCUACUUCAUUGACUGGAUGGAUGAGAUCCAGAGGCUCACACCGCUCCCUGAUGCCAUGUCUGUGCCUCCUCAGACACAGUUUCCACACCAGCCUCUGCAAGCUGCUGGCUCGCCGGGGCCUGGCACAGGCUUUGUGCCCCCACAGCCUUGGCCCCUGCUGCUGUUCCUGCUCCAGGCCCCGCGGCAGGCCCUGUGGUGACCUGCCAAGCCCCUCUGCUCCUUCCCUCUGUCUCAGACCCCAGUCUCCUUGCUGGAAUUUUCCACCCCUCCCCUCCCCCAGCCCCAUCAACUUUCAGUGGUUCCUUCUUGGCUUUCCAGUCCAACAGCUGCUACUCCCCAAACCAAGCCUGAAAAAUCAAAUAAAAACAAAUGAAA